UUAUCAAUAAAGUGUAAAUUUCCCACUCCAUUGUACGACAUGCAACCCCAAACGAGAACGUGCCCUCCCCCAUGCUUUACCGUUGGAAUUAAAUUUUUCGUUUUUUGCUUUUCGCCAAAUCAUUUGUCGGCCGUCAGAUGAAAAUAAGUUAUAUUUUGACUCGUCGCUAAAAAUAAUAUUCUUCCAAAACAUUAUUCACAUAUUCAUUUGCAAACUGUAGUCGCUUAAGUCGAUUUCGCUCACUUAUGAACGGCUUUUUACGUGCUACUCUUCCAUGGUAGCCGGCUUUACGGAGAACUCUUCUUACGGUUUCAGGAUGAGCCCUCUCUGCGAUAUGUACAGCCAAAUUUUGAGCGCUAGUUUUGGGAUUAUCUUGGACUUCUUUCAGAAUAGCCCGUUGUUCACGAUCGCUUAGUAUUCUUGGUCGUCCAGAGCGAUGCAUGUUUUCUACACUUUUGCUGGUGUUAAACUUGGUAAUUAUAUAGCGAACAGUAGAGUGUGGCCGUUUAAUAAUUUUAGCACUUCUUUAGUUUUCGGCAUUUUGACUCAAACACUGAUACGAUACGAUAGGUUAUUUAUUAGCACGCGUCUGUAGGGAUGUUAUCUUAACAACAACUGAUGUACAACUAACGCUGCGGUCUCUGUGCGUGUCUAGACUUGUCCGAAAUACUAGUGUACAAAUACUUUUGUGACAUCGUAUUUCAGAUUUUACUCAAUAUUCCAUUCGGAAAAUACUUAUUAAUUAUUUCAAAUGUAUACUAUUUCUCAGCACAUGUAUCUGAUUAGAGAAAAUGUAAAAAAAUGCUUCAUAUGCUGUUUAGCUUUUUUUUUUAGUAAAUUGGUCCUGUGCAAAUACUUAAGUGACCCACUGUAUGAGUUUUUUCCUUUUGAUUCACUUUUGUUCCAUUAAUAUUAAUUCAUUAUUAUUAUUGUGAACUGUAAUUUUAUUUGUAUACAAUUGGUUCUUUGUGGUACAGUGUUAUUAGGUUCGACCUGUUUCUGUACCCACUUGAGAUAAAUAAAUAAAUUCUAUGAAUUAAUGGUAUUGUGUUUCCAACUCGGAUUCUGUUAUUCCGACCCAUUAUGAAGAAACGGACCAUCUUCAUGAUUUUCUGGAUGUAGGUUUUGUGUUCGGUAGUUUUGACUUGCUAAUUCGCCACUCUCUCUAAACUCAUCUUCUUGCACUUCGUUGCCAUUUCGACCAUUUUCUAAAGAUAAAAAUGUUUGUAUUCGUGUUUCUUAUAUCACAACCUCAAAAUUUAUUACUUUUAGAUUCUAGCUCAUGCAACCAUCGUUUCGAUCCAUAUUUCACAAAGUAACUCUAACUCAAAAACAAUCAAGUUAUAAGUGUUUGAGCACAUACUCUCUAAAAUUUACCGCCAUUACUAACCUCAUUAUUUUAUCACGGUUUCUUUUCCACGAGCCUGAUCGUAUUUGGCGUUUUCGUGGUUUAUUAAUUUCUUCUUCAAUAUUAAUUUCCAUUUUACACAAUAUAAUAACCGCAAUGAACAAAAAUUUAGCGUUUCUAUAAGAUAUUUAAGAUCAUAAAUGCUUUAACGCAUGCGCGGUGGAUUUCGAUGGGAUAUGGUCUGUUUUGACACAAAUAAGAAAGGGAAAACAUGCAGAGAGCCAUCUAGAGUUGCAAAAUAAAAUAAAACCGAAAAUAACAAAUUGUGGAUUUGGCCGUUUUUGAUCCUAAGCUACUCAGAUAGUCGUUAUGCAUCGAAAACCUAAGAAACAAGGGUAUUCAUCCGAAAAUAUAUGUUUUAAUGUUAAUAUUAUGUUUUAAUGGCGUCAGAUUUGGCGGGAAGUACAUGUUAAUUGUUAGUUCAUCUGAGCAAAAGAAUAUUGUGUACAAAAAUAGGAAAAAAAGCCACAACAUCUCAAAAUCCUGACGUGAUGAUCCAAUUCUGAGUUCGAAUUACUCAAAAAUUACUUCGAAAAUGAUUUUUAGCUUAACAAAACCUUGCAGAUCUGUGUAAUUAGAGAUUGAUGUUUUUUUUGACACUGCCAAUUGAAAUUUUUUUAAAUGGUGAUCUUGAAUUUGUUUAAUUUAAUGAGAUGAUGAAAAGAAUCGUUGCUCAUUGUUAAAAAAUUUUUAAUUAUUAAAAAAAAUUGAUAAUAAUCGUAUAAAAACCGAUUAGUAACUCUUGAUAUUAAAAAGCUGCUACAUUUUCAAAAAUUAAGUGAUAUAUUGUAAAUACUCAUUAAUACUUCAAUAAUUAAAAAAAAAUUAAUUGUAAUUGGAGUAAUUAAUAAAGAUGAAAUAAAACUAGUUCCUUCAUCUAAUCCACCAUAAAGUCAAGGUUUCCUUAAAAAAAGGUGUUAAUUUGAGUUUAUUUAGUUUAUUUUAGUAAAUAAAUUAAAUUGUAGGGUAAUAAUUAAAUUACUUUGAAUGAUGUGGUGACGAUAAUUCAGGUUGGAUACAUCUAGUUUUACCAGAUUUGGUUGGAAUCCAUCGGAAAUACGCGAUAAAGUAGAUAUCUCACCGCUUUUUGUACCUGGCGUGCGAAAAUUGACAAACUAAAUUGAUAAAGUAUCGAUAAAAACAAAGUUACUUCAUUUAGAUAAUAAAUAAAUACUUGUAUGCGAAUUCCAAAGGUUAUCUGGACAUUGUUAAAGCAAUUUUAAAAUCCGAUUAGAUUCAGGUUCAUCAUCAAAGGGAAGAGAUGAAAGAGGUUGAAAAGGGACGAAGGUGAAGAAGACGAGCGAUUUCUAUUUUUGAAAUUUUGUAAAUACAUGAGCUAAGUUGUAGCGGAUUCAAUUUAAACUUGAGGUUAUUAAUAUUUGGAAUGUGAUUGCUUUGAUUCAAUGAUUGAAAGAUUUAUAUUUAUUUGUGGAAACUAAAUUUCAACGAAAAAUGUUUCGAAAUUUCAAUCUAAUCGAACUUUAAUUAAAUUAAUUGUUGAUACAGAUAUGUUUGGCAACCCUUAAAUUUGAUUACAACUUAAAAUUGAUUACAACAAAGAAAAUCAAAUAAACAACAAAUAUUUUUAUUGGGAUAUAUCAGAUAAUAAUUAAAAGUAAAUAACAUAAAGUUACUAAAUUAUAAACCUGAUCACCACACACAGGUAUAUGUGGCUUAACAAAAACGUGUCAUUACUAGUUGGAACUGGAUCCAACCAAUAAUAUUUACACUCAAAGGCACACUUCAAGUCAUCGGUUUUUAGUUGUUAUUUCAAAAAAUCCCCUCUCGAACUCGAAAAUCACCAUUAAGAUUACAAAAAAGGAGGGAAAUAUUAAAUGUGUUAAUUUAAUUUUUUUUUUUAUAUAAAAUUUGAAAAUGAUCCUUGUCCUACUUAAGGAACAUAACUUUAUUGUUUUGAUUUAAAAUGUUGUAUUCAUUUUAAUUCAACAAGGUUUAAAGUCUUUAUGAUAAAAAUCAGAAAUUCCUUUAAACCGUAACAAGUGCGUCUUAAAAGCACUUAAUAAAUCAAGAUCAAAUCAUCAAAAAUUUAUUUAAAAUAAAAAAAAAAUAACUUGGUGAUUUGAAGUAACUUUGAAGGUCACCAACAAAAAAUUAUUCUUAUAUAAUUACUACUUACAACAUUUAAUACAUUUUUGACUCACCAAGUUUUUUUUUAACGAUUUUAAAUAAACCCAAAAUUUUUUUUUACGUCACUAUUAUUACGUUUUAAAUUGAUUCUAGACUCCGUUUAUAUUCAACAUUUCGAUUGCGUCAAAUAAAGUCCCCCCAUUUUCUCGCACCGAGAAACACAUUGCCGCGUAUAAAACCCGAACUCGAUCGCCGCAACAUUUCAGUCAAUUCCCUUAUCCCUUACCAAGUGUUUCAACCCAAUAAUACUCCCUUAAUAAUAAUAACUUUAUAAAGUUAAUAUUAAUUUUGUUGUUAUAAAUAUAAACUUUUAUGUAUUUUAAUUUUUAAUAUGGAUCGUUUUUCAAUUCAUCAAAUUAAUAAUAAAAACAAUCAUAACGGUGUUGAUAACGCGGGUUUGCAACUUCAUGAAAAUGGGGUUCAUCAUCUUCAUGCUGGUAUCGAUACGUUACCGCAUUUAUUGACGACCACUUCAACUACUUGCUUAUACGAAGAGAAUCCGCAGAAAAGGAAGAGAUCUUUAGUGCAGUUAACCAGGGAGGCUUUACCACGGCUGGAAAAUUAUAGGAAUUCGAGGAGGGCUUUGAAACGACCAUCAUUGGGGGAAUUACAUGGAAGCGAUGAAAAAACUAAUAAGGAAAAUAAUGGUGGAAUUGAAGCAACAGAUUCAAACGCCCCAGGACACCAUGGAAUUAAACUUGGUUGGAUUCAAGGAGUUCUCAUUCCAUGUUUACUUAACAUUUGGGGUGUUAUGUUGUUUUUACGUUUAUCGUGGGUUGUUGCACAAUCGGGAAUCGGUGAAUCAAUUUUAAUAAUUGGUAUUUCCGCUGUCGUUUGCAUUAUAACUACUUUAUCAUUAUCGGCUAUUUGCACAAAUGGAGAAGUAAAAGGAGGUGGAAUUUAUUACAUAAUAUCAAGAUCGUUAGGUCCCGAAUUUGGAGCUUCAGUUGGGAUCGUUUUUGCCUUUGCAAAUGCUGUGGCAGCCUCGAUGAACACGAUCGGUUUUUGUAAUUCAUUAAACGAUCUUUUAGCAUCGAAGGGGUUGUCGAUAAUCGAUGGUGGCUUAAACGACGUCCGAUUAGUUGGUGUUAUUGCGCUUUUAAUAAUGAUUUUAAUCUGUGCCAUUGGGAUGGAGUGGGAGAGUAAAGCCCAAAACUUUUUAAUCGCAAUCAUCGCCGCUGCUAUUGUUGAUUUUUUGGUGGGAACAGCUGUGGGACCUUUAGAUGAUGAACAAAAAGCCAAAGGAUUUAAUGGAUUUAGUAUGGAAUUAUUCUCAACAAAUUUCCCAAGCGAUUACCGAAAACAAGACGGAAUUCCGUACGAUUUCUUCCAAGUUUUUGCGAUUUUCUUCCCCUCAGUAACCGGAAUUCAAGCAGGGGCGAACAUCUCCGGUGACUUAAAAGAUCCCGCCAGUUCAAUACCAAAAGGAACUCUUCUCUCCUUAUUAAUCUCGAUGGCUUCCUAUUUAAUCUUUGUAAUUUUCGCCGGGGGAGCCGCGAUGAGAGAUGCAAGCGGAAACAUCUCAGAUCUAAUUAACGGCACGUUAACUUCGUGCGUUGACGAUUCGAGUUGUAAAUAUGGGUUAUUCAACAGUUAUUCGGUGAUGCAAUUAAUGUCAUCUUGGGGUCCGUUUAUUUACGCGGGAUGUUUCGCGGCUACUUUAAGCACAGCUUUAACCAACUUAAUAUCGGUUCCAAGAUUAAUCCAAGCUUUAGGAAUCGAUCGGAUUUAUCCGGGAUUAAUUUUUUUCUCAAAAGGAUAUGGAAAAGCUGGGGAACCUUAUCGUGGUUACAUUUUAACUUUUUUUAUAUCAGCCUCUUUCGUAUUAAUAGCGGAAAUCAACGCAAUUGCUCCUUUAAUCUCCAACUUUUAUCUUGCAUCUUAUGCUUUAAUCAAUUUUUGUACUUUUCACGCAGCUUUAAUUAAACCUUUAGGUUGGAGACCAACAUUUAGAUAUUACAACACUUGGUUAAGUUUAGCCGGAUUCAUAAUGUGCGUUGUUAUAAUGUUCUUAAUUAACUGGCAAUCAUCCUUAAUAACAUUUAUAGUAAUAUUAGGACUUUAUUUGAUCGUUGUUUAUCGAAAACCAGACGUUAACUGGGGUUCAUCAACUCAAGCGCAAACAUACAAAACAGCUCUAACUACAGCAUUAAGACUAAUUAACAUCGGCGAGCAUGUUAAAAAUUACGAACCGCAAAUUUUAGUUUUAUGUGGUUCAACGCAAUCUCGACCGGCUCUUUUAGAUUUUGCUAAUUAUAUAACCAAAAAUAAUUCUUUGUUGAUCGUUGGGGAUGUCGUCGAGAAAAAAUUAACGCAUAAAGUUCGCACAACUCGUCGUAAAAAUGCCUACUCUUGGUUGAACGCCCAUAAAAUUAAAGCGUUUUAUACCGUUGUGGAUGGCGUUGAUUUUGAAACGGGGGCGAGAGUUUUAUUGCAAGGUAGUGGAAUUGGAAGAUUAAGCCCUAAUGUUUUAAUGAUGGGGUAUAAAAAUGACUGGAAAAGUUGUAAUACUCAGGAAUUAACGAGUUAUUUUAAUGUUUUACAUGCUGCUUUUGAUAAUCGAUUAUCCGUGGUGAUACUAAAACUAGCGGAUGGUUUAGAUUACAGCAAAAUAAUGGAAGAAGACGAAGCUUGCGCGAAUUCAAUGGAUACAUCUUUAAAUAACACAACAAAACAAGAAAGAGUCCCCCAUGAAAGGCAAUUAAUGCAUUGCGAUUCAAAUUUAAACAUCUCCCACAUCGAUUCAUCAACCCCAGAAACGAAUAACACAAUAGUUUCUUUACCCAGUUUAACAUCGUCUAAAACGUACUCAAUAACCAAAAAUAUGAAACAAAAAAAGAAUGGGGUUGCUGAAAAAAUCUUAUAUCGAAGCCAAUCGGGUCAAGAGCUUCACCGUUCAGUUUUAAAUAAAAUGUCGAUUUUUAAGAAAAAACAAGAUAAAGGAACGAUUGAUGUUUGGUGGUUAUACGACGACGGAGGUUUAACAAUGUUAUUACCAUACAUUAUUUCAACAAGAUCACAUUGGUCCCAAUGCAAAUUGCGCGUUUUCGCUUUAGCAAACAGCAAAGUCGAAUUGGAAGUCGAAGAAAAGAAUAUGGCAAAUUUAUUGGCGAAAUUUCGCUUGGAAUAUUCGAGUUUAAAGAUGGUUAAUCUUUCUGAUAAACCUAGCGAAAUCACUGUGAAAUUUUUCGACGAUUUAUUAGAAAAUUUUAAAACUUCCGCUGAAAUUAAAGAGCACGAUUGCAAAGUUACCGAAUCUGAAAUUUUAGCUGCGCAAGAAAAAACGAAUCGGCAAUUACGAUUAAGAGAGUUAUUAUUGGAGAAUUCGAGUGAUGCAAAUUUAGUUGUUAUGUCAUUACCAAUGCCUAGAAGAGGAACAGUUUCAGCCCCUUUAUACAUGGCGUGGUUGGAAGCCCUCACAAAAGAUUUACCUCCAUACUUAUUCGUUAGGGGCAACCAACAAUCCGUAUUGACGUUUUAUUCCUAAUUCCCAAUUAACCCAAUUUAAAGUAAGCGAAACAUUUACUUAAAAUGUACAAGAAAAAUACUUUUAACGUUUUAAAAAUAGGAUUAAUUGUUUCUGUAAUUAUUCUAAGUUCUAGUCUUUUUUAGAAUGUUUUUUUUUAAUCGAAUCUGAUUUAUUUUUAAGUGAUAUAUUUAUAUUUAUAAAUA